AACUUGUUUUUUUUUUACAUUUCGUUUAUUUACCAUUUUAAAAACCAAUCCAAAAAAUAAAAACUAUUCAAAUGGAAAAUUAUGAAUCAAAAUUCGCCGAUCUUUAUAAAUCCAACAAUAGAUCUGAUAUCCAAGAAACCCGACGCAAACAACUCUUAAAAGAACAAAAACUUAAUCGUUCUCUUUUUCAAGAUGAAUCUCGAAAUCUUCAAGAAAUCGUCUUUUCAAAAACUGACAACAAACAUGAAACCCACAAAUCCAAAUACAAACCACGAACAUUUAAAAAGAAAUACCAAAUCGAUGCUAAAUUACAACUCUCCGAAUGGUUACGAGAAAAACCAGAAAACAUCAACGAUUGGUUUUUAGUUCCAUGUCCGAAAGGUCAACGUUGCAUGGUCAUCGCAUGCAAUGGUUACACUGAAAUGUACACAAAAUCCGGACGCUUAAUUGAUACCUUUCAAUCUUUGUUGCCAGGUAAUGUUGGUUCGAAAAAUGAUGUCACAAUACUUGACUGUGUUUAUGUUGAUGAUAAAUCAACAUUUUACAUACUUGACGCUCUAACAUUUGGAAAUCAGGACUUGAUUAAUUGUGAAGCACAAUUUAGAUUCUUUUGGUUAACUUCCAAGUUUGUGGAAAACUCUUAUGAUGAGAUAAGUGAGAGUAAUCCUUAUGCUUUUGAGUGCAUAAGAUUUUAUGAUUUUGAAAACACAACAAGUGUUUCGAUAGGUUUUCAACAAUUCCCACUUUGGGAGGAUAACUCUCCCGAAUUGGAUGGAUUUCUAUUCUAUCACAAAGAAGCUAGUUAUACAUUUGGUACAACACCACUCGUAGGGUGGUUAUUUGCAUUUAUGGUGCCAGAAGUUCUUGACUUUUCUGUUAGCCCAGAAUAUAUGACACAAAAGCCUGAAAAUUAUUCGGGUUAUUUUAAGUAUAUUAUAGAUUUUGACGAAGCAAUGGCAAAGAAGAAAUACAAACAUCGAAGAUCUGGAAAAAUGGACAGUGAAGAUGAGACGAGUAGAGAUCAGUUUGAAGAUAUAGAUUGCGAUGACAAUGAUGCAUCUUUAAAUGCACUCUUAGAAGCUGAAAAGAAUUUAGAACUGGAAGAAGACGAUAUUGCUGACGAUGCUUAGUGUAAAUUUGAUUAAAUAUGAUUAAAAGCUGUUGUAUUAAAAAAUAUAUUGUUUUCUU